AUGACUGUGUCCCUAACAGCAAAGAGCACUCAUGCUUCCGGACCAAAAUCUUGGUCGGAGCGGCUGAGUUGUGUAGCCAUAGGGCAAACUGUCGGUUCCGCACCAGUUCUCGAUGCUGCAACGCAAACCGAGGAAACAAGUGAAAAUUUCGAUCCCAGUCAUCAAUGGACGGGUGAACCGGUCAGUAAAAAGAUCGGAAACACAUUUCAAAAUGGUGAAGAACAUUUACUUGAGAACCUUCAUGAAUCCACGUUCAUUCCCAAUCGGGCAAUGUAUAGUCAGGAAACACUGCAGUUAUCUUCACAACAAGAAGUUUACUAUAAUCAAGUCCAAUCGGAAUUGGCAGUUACUCCGGAAGUGCCCCAAUGCUACUACACUGAUAAUGCAACUGCUGUGACCACCGAUUCUGAUGCAGGCAAGUGUGGUGCCAUUACUUCUAAAGAAGUUCGUCGAGUUAUUUCUGAAUGGGUUGAAAAAUAUGAGCAAUGGUUUUUCCAAAAUUUCGGCGUUGAUGUGAAAAUUGCAACUGCAUCUAGCCAGGGUUCGUCGUCUGGCCUACCGUCGUCAGAUAUGUUCAGUUCCAUCCUACAACAACAACAGCCAAAUCCAACGGUUACUUCGGGUAGCCAGUCAGAAAGUGUGGUUUCUGGGGCUCCCAUCAGCUACGUAGUCUCGGAAGGUGCAAUGUGCAUGCCAGAGAAUCACAUGUUUUCUCCGUAUGUUUCGUUGUUGCCGUCCUUCUACACCCCUGCUGCUUUCAAUCAUAAUGUAGCGUUGCAACACGAGCAAACAGUCAAUCCCGUGCCCAUUUGCAACCCUGCUUUGGUGUUUCCCCAGAACCAAGGAGCACUCAUAGGACCGACACAACAACUUUUUAUUCAGGCGCAGCAGUCAGUGCCUACGCAAUGGCUCAGUCAUGUCACCACACCACAACCGACCGGUUCCUCGGUUUUGUCUUCAUCCGUCUCGCCGGGGACCGUGGACACCAGUCAGUUAACGGCUGGUCCGGUUACGUCAUUCAGUGAUCUACCGACGGAACUCCAAACCUCCGCAAUGCUUGCUGCCCUCUCACUUCCAGUACAUACUAAUCGCCAACAGUCCAUGGGGCAGUGGGGUCCCUUACUGAGGUACGGCACUUACGGUAGACUUCCUUCAGCCAGUGAGAUUCAGCAGCUGAAACUUCACGGUCUUAAAAAUACGACUACAUCCCCUGAAUCCAACAAAACCACUGAUUCCGUCGAGCCGUCAAGCACAUCUGAAGCAUUGGUUACGAAUAAAAUGCCACCACCCCCACCUACUUUCAUACUGCUAAGGAGGCAAGUUAUGAUAUGCGCUUUGCAACUUUCGUGCCGGGAGCGUGGUCGUGAGUUGUUUCUUCGAGAAAAAGAAGGCACGAGCGGGAUGAAGGUAGACUUCGUAAAUGAACUGGAGCAAGUCGUCGAAAAAAGUAUUAAUUUGAAGCCAAUCUUUUUAUUCACGGAACUACGUAACCUUCCUAAAAACGAAAGAUCCUACUUCCUGGAGGAUAAACUGGAAUCUCGCACGGGCCAGAAUCCUCAUCGGGAAUACUUGGAUCCUGCUCGAAUGUACGCCUGUGAUCUAUUAAUUGGCGAUGUAUUAAUUGCGGAGGCUUGCUCGACUUAUAAACAACAAGCUAAAAACUGUGUCGCAAGACAGUUUGGUCGAGGGUGGAUGUCUAGAGUUGUGGCUGGUUACCCUUCUAUUGCACCUCGUGAAAUGCUCCCAUACGACCAAGCUUCCCAAAUAGCCUCUGCUGAGGAAGCUUUACUCACUGCCUUCUUUCCCGCUGCCGAUCUGGUCCCGAAACUCCCACCUUUUCUAAGUGAUCCUUUUGAAUCUCUGUCAAAAAAAGAUAGAACAAUUGAUCCGAAAAAACCAAAUGAACCGUUUGAUGUUGUGAAUCCCAAACUUCCCGAGGAUUUCUGGCUUUAUUUAGCGGAUCUACCGAUUACAGCACUUGAGGAUGAGACCUAUUCGGAAAGAAUUCUCUCACAAUCUGCCGAAUUCAGUCAGAUGACUAUUGCAUUCGAUGUUGAGGUCAACACGGUAACGGGAUGGUUUUUAUGUACAGCGAUAAUCGAUAAUCAUCGAUAUUCUCCAUUAACGGGAUCUACUGUAUCGGAAGCCGAAAAACGCGCUGUGAAAGAAUUGCUUGAAACUCUGAGACAGACACAGCCAGUCGUUGGCGCGGUACACAUGAGAUCAGGAAGUCGCUGGCAACCCGAACGACUGGAACCGUUAUGGGGCGUUUCAGAGCGAGCUCUGGUUGAUACUCUGAUGUGGGGUAAAGAAGAGCGCGAUUUGGCCAUAGACAUAGAACAGCUAGAAGCUCAUUGUGACGUGCCCGAGUUGCCAGAAGCUGCGCCAUCCGACGAGCCUGAUCGAAAUUUCGAUGACCCGAAUAAAGAUCAACCCGAAAUAGAUCGGUUUUCGUCCCUUCGACACCUGGAAAAUUUCAUUCAAGCAUACGCAGCAUCCGCACUAGUCACGCCACUCCGAUUAUCAUCCAGAACGGUGCCUCCGCGAGUUUGGCCGCUAGUGCGCCAAGUUGCGCGCAACUGGGGCUUGCUAAGCUGCAUUGAAAAACAACAUCUCGUGGACAACAUCAUUUUGUGCGUGCUCAUAUGCAAACGUGCACCUCUACCCAGACUCAAACGUACACUCUAUGAAAAAGGAAGCUAUGGCUGUUUUACUCUUUUGGACAAAGGCAAUCUCCACGCUGAUGCGCUAAAACGGCUUUUAAUGAUCGAGCCCCUGAUCUAUGACGUCUCCGAUCCGACGGCCGGUAGUUCCCUCAAUCCCCCUUUCAAUGGUUGUAACCCUCCCUAUUCUUCCUUGUCCACAGAUGAUAGUGAUCCUUACAGCGAAGAGCCAGUUACUCGUCUAGCUCGUCAUUUCAUUGCAACUGGGCCGAAACUCAGUUCCGUAAAAAAUGAACCAAAAGCAUGCGAGGAGCAACCAACUUUGGAUGACUGUGUGCUGCUCACAGCGGAACUCAAUCAACCAUCCAGUGCUAUUGAAAUCCUUGACGAUUUACCCAAAACCCUGAUACCCGGUAUCGACUUCUGA